UUUCCUCUAGACUGGUGCCCUAGUUUCGACCAUGCGCCCGCUGUUCAGAUAAUCACAUGGAAAGCAGCCGCCCUCUUGUGUUUUGAAUCCAUUCCUUCCAAAAUUCAAAUCCUGCCCGCCUUCUCUCUGUGCAUAUAGUCAUCCCCGCAAGCCUAAACACCCAAUCGAUCAACAAACAUGCACCCUCCUUCCCUGCACGCUGGAUUUUUCUCCUCUCUCAAACGGGUGGAGAAAAGGUUGAAAUUGGAAGACCCUUCGCAAUCGCAAGAAAACAACCAAACAUUAACAGAGUCUCUCAGCUCACCCAUCUAUCUCCCCUCGGACCAGCUCAAACCCAGCUCAACCCGUCUUCAAGACAGUGAGCCCCCCGGUGAAUUCCUUUCAAAUUCAUCCGAAUUCACGCCAAUCCACGAGGACCCACCUCAAUCGAAAGGCGUAGAUUGCCCGCAGAAUACCGUCAGCGAGGCCAAUGACCUCGUGAUCGACGACAUCGAACGGCUAAUUCAGCUUCUGGGUUUAUCAGAUUGCAGAGAAGAAGAGAGAGAAAGGGUUGGUUUGGUUUCCAAGUGUAAUGGUGGUAGUGGUGAGCCUUGCCAUUGUGAUGCUGGGUUUUAUGAAAAGAUUGUUGGGGUGAAAGGGCCUAAGUGUGUGAAGGAAGUGGAGAGGUUGGAGGGUUGGAUUAAGCACUUCUCAACCGGUGGUGGUUGUAGUGGGGAGGAAAAGAGAGAGCCCUUGAGAUUAGCCCAUUUGCUUUUGGGCAAAGCUGCUUUUCUCUCUGGAAAUGGUUGUGGUUUUGAAGGGUUUGAAUUCCCUUCAACUGUACAAGAAUUUUUGCAGAAUGAUCCUCCGACGGAUUGUUAAAGAAGCAUAUACUGUUGAAAUUCACUAAUGUUCGACGAAAAAAAAAGAGCAAAAAUCAUCAUAAUUCCUUUCUCAUUCUCCCUUCAUUACUUGUGUUACUGAGUUAACAGUUGUACAAAUAUCAACCCAGAAAUAAGAAAUAUCGAAUACAAGUAGCUCAUUUACUUUGAUCUCAA